AUGUUUUCUUUUUUUGAGGUUAAUGGACGAUGUGUCAAAAGACGCGUACCAGGCGCAACGUGUUUUGCUAGUGAGCAAUGUUUAGAUGAAUCAACUUGUUUGGAUGGAUACUGCAGAUGCUCUAAUGGUACUGAACUUCUUUCAAGGUACUGUAUUCGGCGUAAUGAAGCCGAAGAAUGUGAUACCUAUCAAACUUACAUAAAAGGGAAAUGCUUAGAUUUAGCAAUACCAGGUGAAGAUUGUAUUGACAAUUUGCAGUGUAUUGCAGCCUCGACAUGUCGUGAAGGUAAAUGCAUAUGCUCCAAUGGAUAUAUUCAAGUAAAGAAGUAUUGUGUUCAAGAUCUCAGACCUUCAAGGGAAUGCAGUAAUAAUCAGGUUAUGAUAAACGGCCAUUGCUAUGAGUUUGCUAAAAUUGGUCAAUACUGUAUUGAUACAGCUGUUUGCUUAGGUGAUUCCGUUUGUUACAACAAUUACUGUACUUGUCCAAAGGAUACAAUUGCCCAAAGUGGUCGAUGUCAAAAACAACAACGUUGUGACGAAAAUCAAGUUCAAAUAGAUGGGCAGUGUUAUUCGCAGGCUAAUAUCGGACAGCACUGUCAGUUUACUAAGCAAUGUACAUCAAUUUCAACUUGUCAAAAUGGUAUUUGUACCUGUCCACCAGGUACCGUAUCUCAAAAUAAUAUCUGCAUACCAUCUGGUCUAUGUCCUACUGGACAGAUAUACAUUGAUGAAAGUUGCUGGGAUAUAGCUUAUAUUGGGCAACAAUGCAAGUUCACAGAACAAUGUCAAGGUUAUUCUACAUGUGUCGGCAGAACAUGUCGAUGUCCUAGUGAUACUGUAGUGCGAGAUGGGUUAUGCAUCAAAGAACAAUGCAGCAGUAAUGAAGUUAUGAUCAGUAAGAUAUGUUUCAAGACGGCAAAAAUUGGUGAGUUUUGCUAUUAUACAAAGCAGUGUGAAGGGAAUGCAGUUUGUCAAGCAGGUAAAUGUACAUGUCCAUCGGGUACUAUUAAAUCAAAUGAUACCUGUGUCAUUAACUCGAAAUGUCAACCGUAUCAGGUUUCCGUCAAUAAUUCAUGUCUUGAUACUGUUUCUAUUGGAAUGACUUGCCAAGAUGAUUCUCAAUGCAUUGAAUCGGCAAGUUGUAUGCCAGGAACAAGUUCGAGCAAUUCUGAUAUCCAAACUUGUCAAUGUAAUAAUGGUACGGUAUUCACUGGUAGCAAAUGUUUGCCGUCAUUAAUUCAGUGUCCCACAUCUACUGUUUAUAUCUUUGACAAUGUUUGUCAUACUUUAGUAAAAAUAGGCCAAUUCUGUAUGUAUACUAUCCAAUGUAUGGGAUAUUCGGUAUGCUCAAGACAGAUAUGCAAAUGUCCUACUGGCUAUAAUAUCAUUCGUAAUGUUUGUAGGAGAAUUAGCUGA